AUGAGAGAUUAACUUAUUUCAACAGCAAUUAGUUUAUUUUUUUAAUAGCUGUUUCAAUUAAGGUAAAGUGAAUGUAUCAAACUGCAUAUUAUAAUUAGGUUAACAAAUUGUUUAGUUAGUUUAGUUACACUUUCUCACAUGACAUUCUAAGCAUUCAUUUCAAUGUUGCUGGAGGGAGCCUUUUUGAAAGCAACGUUUUCAAGUCCGUUUGUGGUAACAACUUAUUCGAGCUUAGCAAUCUCAACUCUGUUAGAUUCAGUGGGGAAGGAGAAGAUAUUAAACAUAAAGAUCAAAAAGAUGGAAACGAAGUUUAUUAAAACCAAAGCCAUACAAGAAUUUCUGUAAUUUUGGUAUUUAUCGUGUAAUUUUUAUAAGCUACUAAUAGCGGAAAGGGCUACUGGGAAUGCUUAUUAACCACUUUAUAUGGCGCUAUUGAAUUAGCUUAUAGCACCUUAUACUUAAGCUUGUGCACCCUAGAUAGCUGUUAAAGAAGUAAACAUAGGAUAUUAGGUUUUUAAUUAAGCAGCUUUUGCUAGUAAGGCUGUUAAGGUGGCAGUUUCAGUAGGAGUAGCUGUUUAUGUAGUUACUUUUUGUUAUAAUACUCCAAUUGUUUAAAAUAAGGUUACUGCAUCAUUAAGCUAACUUAAAACACCUUAGUACAUAGUUACAGAUGAAUUGGCAGAAGUAACAGCAGCUUCUCCGGUUAAUAAUUAGAUUUAAACAGCAGUUUGUUAUUAGGUAACUUAUUAGUCAAGCUUGUCUUCUUCGUCAAUAGACUUGAUUGUGCAGGCCAAACUCCAAACAGAGAGAGCUAAGAGGAUCAAAACUAAACCAUGCUAUAUUGUUUUGGGGACUUUUUAGUAGGCAAGACUGACUAUACCGAUAGAAAUAAGGUUGAUAAUUAGAGUGAAGCAGUCAACAAAGAAUUUAUUGGUAAUGUUACGAUAGCCGUCGAACAAGUAGUCGUGA